CACUGAGAUCGGAAAAAUGGCGGCAGAAAGAAUUCACACUCGAGCCAAUCCGAUGGUUAAAGCCACCUAUAUCAGCAAGUUUUUCACUUAUUGGUAAGUUUUGAUAAAUAUUCCGUAGUAGAUUUAUGAUAUUUAAUACUAUAGCGGCUGUUAACCCUGGCUGUGUUGUUUACAAGUGUCCCGUUGCAAUUUAUUAAUAAUCGAAUUAAUUAAUGGCCUUCCAAAUGAGCAACAACCGGCUACCGAAAAACCGAACGAAGUCAAUGCUUGCCUCUUAUACCCUAUGUUUCCGAUCAGAAUUUCCUCCGUAUAUUUGGUAAUAGAUUCUGCUCGUGUAUUUUCAUCGACUCGACGCGUGCAGAACGGGUGACAUUGUAUUAUGCAAUCACGUUCAAGGCCCUCAGGCUGUGAAAUCCAGGGUGUCCAGUAUUCUGUGAAAAAGCUAACUAAAAGAUUUUCUGGUCGCCCUGGAGCAAAAGUCAAGCGCCAGGGGCCACCAUGCGAUUGGGAGGGGACAUUUUGUAAAAUUCACGGACGACAUCGGAAUCAACUUUAACACUAUUUUUAUUGCAGGCUUUCUUCAUAUCAAAGCUUAGCUAUCUAUUAUUUUCAUUGACAUAGCAGCAACUUAGCUAUCAUAGAACUCAUCUAAGGAAAGCAUUCUGAACAUCUGUAAAUUAUCAGAGUGAGAUGGUAGGAAAACAUUGUGUCAUUCACUUAGUAGGAUUUUCCGUUUUGCUUUGUUGUUUCACACUCUCAAUGUUCUGUCAAAGUCAAAUUUCCUUCGGUCAUGGAAAUAUUCUUUUUGUUGUGCUUUAAGCAGGUUCUGCAGAACAUUUCCCCCCUGGUUAUAUUGAAGCCAGGUAUGUUUUAUUUGCUAAUCAGCGAGUGUUUCAGCUUGAGGUUUGGCUCUUGCCUUCUUUGAUCUUGGUUUACCUGAUUCGCUUUGUCCUUGCUGUUCUUUCUUUAACUCUUUAUUGCUGUCUGUGGCUUCCGGAAUAUUUGCUGGCUCAUCAGCUGGUCCAUCAUCAACAUCGUUCAAAGAAGCUGUUGCAUUAUUAAUCAUGAAGUGCAACCUGCUUUGUUUCAAUUUUGUCGCCAUGUUGAAAGCAUGCCGAUUGACUGGUAUCACGAGGUAAUACAUCUAGAUCCCAGGCUCCUUGCGAUAAAAUGUUCUUUUUGAUUUUUGUUAUAUUACAAAAUCAUUCCUUGGCAAAAAAGCAUCAAACUGAUGCAUGAAAACAAUUUAUUUGUGUCAGUAGGUUCUAAAAAUGCGCAAAUAGCACAAAACGCACUCUAGAAUGAACACUGGCUGCUAGAGUACAGCCUUAUUUCCUUUCCUUUUUCCAUAUUUCCUUUCAGUAGUAACACCAUAGGACAUUGCCCACGGAUGCAAAAGUUAGAAAUUUCACAAUAGUAUCAUCUCACACAUUACUUUCCUCUGCGGGACUGUGCCCCUGGCACCUUACUUAGUUUCUUUGCCUUUUUUUCAUUGAACUCGUACUGUAAACUUCUGAUUGUAAACUCUGGGCUUAUACAACUCAUGGGCAGAUCCAGGAUUUUUUUUAGGUGGAGGUGUACUCGUCUCUUGCUCUACUUUAACACCAAUAAACCACAUAGUUUUUUUUUUUGCAGAAUACCAGUUGUAUUAGAAAACCGCAGGUCAUCUCGGGGGGGGGUGGGGGUGCACACCCCCUGCACCCUCCCCUAGAUCUGCCCUGCAACUUUGUAAGGGGCGGUUGGAGGGCUUGGGGACUUAUAACCGGACUAAAAAAUGUUGCAAAACAAGGUACAUAGCAUUCCUGAUCAAAACACUUUUUGAAUUUGAUUGCUUUUCUAAGCUUCAAAACAUUGAAUUCAUUUCAGUACAAGUGAGAGGGGGGCUUAUAACUGGAUGUAUUGUUUUGUUUACAAGUAGAUGGGCCUACAUACAUACAUACAUGUUUUAUUUAUUUGAAAUCUUAUACAAUAAAUACUAUAUCAACUAUUUCCAAAUAACUAAAAUUGCAAACAACACAUACGGGCCUAUGAAUAAGAGGGGGUCAGGGGGGAGGGGAGGGGGUAGAAAAUACUUUCUUUGAUAAAAUUCUAAGAAUAAGUGAAAAGAAGAGGUUUUGCGUACAUGUACAUGUAGUUUGUCUCUUGCUAGGGAAUUUGUUCCUAGGGAAUAUUAUUUGUCCAUUAAUGGUUCAUUACUCUCUAUUACUAGGUGGAUGAAUGAUUUGUUUGAGAGAGGAUAUAAGCGAAACCUUGAGAAUUCUGACAUUUACCAAAUAUUACCUGAAGAAGAGAGUGAAGAUUUGGCUGACAGACUGGAAAGGUAAGUUUCAGUUUGAAGUUCAGGAAAGCGAUGGCCAUGCUUUUUUCAAUUUUGCACUAAAAAGUGGCUAUUAAAUUAAAGAGAGGGGACUUAUUCAGGGGCAGGGUGGUUUGUUUGAGUGGUGAACUAUGGUGGAGUAUGGAUAAUUGUUUCAAUGUUAUUUUUGAAACUGCUAUUGAAACCAGUUGAGCAAGGCAUGGGUAAUUACUUGGUACACUUAACAUGCUAUUAAAAAAGUCUAGAAUUGUUCUGAGAGAAAAAAAACAGCAGAAUGUUUUUGUCAAAAGUGCCUGGUCAUUGUGCUUGACCUAGCCUGAGUAGCUAGGCAUUGAGAGUAGAAAAAUGUAUAUGGCACACUCAUUGAAGUCUCUUUCUUGUCUGUGCCAUACUUUGUCUUAUGGCAGGCCUGCUUUCUGGCCAGGCUAAUUUGACAGCUCAGACUAAUAUAUAACUGGUCAAAAUGUCAUACAAUGUACUGUAAAGACCUGCUAAUAAGAACCUACAUUUUUGGAAGUCUGGUGAAAUAGGUUCUUGUAUUUUGGGGUACUGAUUGGCAAUUUAGAGCAAGUAGGUCCUUAAUUCUUAUGACGGAGAUGAUAGAUUGUUGAUUACCAGAAAAAAUAAAUAAACUUUUUAUUUAUUUACAAUUGUAUAAUUAAAACCCUAAGAAAACUGAUUAUCAAAUAUAUAUACAGUUUAGUUCGGUAUGUUCUUGUUAUACUUAAAGUUACAACUCACACUCCUUUGUUAAUUAAAAUUGUUCAUCAUAAUUGAAGUGUAACCCACAUAUAAGAACCUGCCUGAUCUUGCUUGGCUAAACAGAUUCUUGUAUUUUUGGGUAUUAAAGGGGCAAAUUUCUGCCAGGAGGUUCUUAAUCAGCAGUUUCUUAUUAGCGGGUGUUUAUUGUAUUUUACUGGACAACUGUCCGAUGGGUGGCAGUCAUUUUCAUCCUUGGUAUAUCCAAAUGUUAACAUAUUUUACCUAAGAUCUGGAGCUGAAGAAAUGUUUUUUUUUUUAUAGUUUAUGGAAUGAAGAAUUAAAAGAAGCCAGGAGAAAAAACAGAAGACCAAAGCUGAGAAAUGCAUUCCUUAGAUUCCUAGGAUGGCAGUAUUUUAUAUUGACAGCUUUUCCUUUUAUAGAGGUAACCUACUAGUUGAAAGUCGUAUGAUAAGGGAAGAUGGAGGGGGUUGAAAAUUACUGGGAAAUUUUGGAGAUGGCAUAAUAUUAUACCUCAACAAUUUAAAUAGGCUAUACACACCUUAUUCUAAAAUGGCGGUACAACUUUUCUUUUACAUUUGAGGUUGAUCAGCCCUCUUUGCCUUGACACACCUGCAGAAUUUAAAUAAAAUUUUUCUUAGCGAUGGGGCAUCGAUUGGGGGCCAAUAGUAAGACUAAACUUAAGGACAAAAAAUCAGUGAAGAAAUAAAUAAAUAUAACCGUAAAACCAAAGGGAAAUAAAAGAUAAACAAAGAGACAAAAUUUGACACUAAUUUGAAAAGAGGUGUAUUAUUUGGCAAAUUAUUUUAAAAAAAUUCUGCUCUCCACAAAAUAAAAAAAAAAAACAGGGAAAGAACAAGCGAAAAACACUGUCUUUAAAUUCCCCACAACGCUGGAAAUUUAAGGGGCUCAGCUCAGCCAUGAUUUUUUCAAGACAGCCAGUCUUACAUGUAAAGUUGCAUUUCAGUGUUGUUAUUUUGUGCACUGAAUUUUAGCUUUAUAAAUUUGUUAUAGGCUUUACCUUGGUUGAUGUAAGAAACGGAAACUCGCUUGUUGUAAUUUCAAUGCUUUAAUCCUCGAAAUCGGUACAAAUCGUCACAAUUUAAUUCUCAAAUUCUCGCAUACAAUCAACCAAAGCCUAACUCGAAGACAUGCUGAACAAGCACAUGUAAAACUAGUCACGUGUAAUAUAUAUUUAUCGCGCCAUAAAAGGAAUAACAAAGUGUUCACCAAAACGUCAAUCAAACGAUUCUCACAAUUCAUGAGGUUCAUGUGCAAGUGUCCACAUUUAAAAGCGUGCAAAGAUGAUAAAAAAAUUGGAUUUGUUAUAGAUAAAAAAUCCAUUCACCAAAGGCUAUGCAAAACUGAGGUGGAGAACUUCAAUAAAAUAUUGAUAGCUUUACUCUACAAAUAAUUUAGUAGUUUAUAAAGAAAAACUACCUACUAUACCUUCAGACUUGUGAAUCGGCUUCUGAUCAUUUUUUAAUUCCUGCGUCAAGAAAAAAGUCAAGCAGAUUCACUAUUUAACGUUUUAGCACUUCCCUUGCUGUCAAGUUUGUCACGUUUGUCACUCGGAUUACACAUUUGUUGAACACAUGCAUUUCCUCACUUUAACUCACAAAGGAAAAAUCCGGCUCGAAGGACCAUGUCAGUGAUACGACAAUACAAGGUUCUCAGAGAGGCAAAAGCACAAAACUCCGAACACGACCACACUUGCCCCUUAGCAACGUGAAAUUUAAUAGGAGUCUGGUCACUCUUAAUGCCGGUUCAUAUGUCACGUUGCUUUGUUUUUCAAUAGGCGCACUAAACGAGAGUUAAGGUUUUUUUUACAUCUUCAGGCAAAUUCAUUAGGAUUUUUGUCUUGUUGUCGCCGCAAGAAUCUUUUUAUAGCAUUUUAAUGUCAUAUCUCCAUUGUAAGAGCUUACACAUACAGCUGUUGGUUAAAAAGUUGGCAAAUUCCUUUUUCUCUUGUAGGAAUCAAUGAAAGUCGUUGCCCCUUUGAUUAUCGGCAGAUUGCUCAGUUACUUCACUCCUGUUCCUGGUAUUAGCAAAACGGAGGCCUACAUAAUGGCUCUACUUCUGUCAAUCACUGAUCUUACUCAAGCGGCGAUUCAUGCACCCAAUUUUUUCAAGAAUCAUAGACAUGGCUUACAUCUACGAAUUGCUGCAGGAACAGUUGUGUAUAGGAAGGUUGGUACUUAAUUGAUGUAUGCUAGUAUUGAAUUCUUUGUACGUAUAGUUUCGCGCUCCAAGGGUGUUUUUGUACAGGGUCCUUACAUACACUAUAAUCUUUAUGUUGUAUUUAUUCUCUUACCCUAACAUUUUGUAUAGUGUACUGUACUAAGGAAAAAUUUGUUGAUGGUAAAGGCAUUUUUUUCUGGGGGGGGGGGGGGGGGGGGGGGGGGGGGGGGGUAAUUUCCCCUUUCCUUGUGAGUGUUGGUGUGUGGGUGUGGGGGGGGGGGUGUGGGUUGGGUUGGGGUGUGUGUGUGUGUGGGGGGGGCGUGGGGGGGGUGGGGGAGAGGGGUGGUCAUUUCCGCCUUCCUCAUGACUGUUGUUGAUUAGGUGGCGAUAUUUUUGCUGGUUGUUCAAAAAGGAUUAGAACUCAAUGUAGAUAUUGACUGACUUCUUUCACUUUAUUUCCUUUUUUAUUUUUAAAUAAAUGACCGAGGGUUAGACCGAUAGUAGUUUUUAACACUUUGUUUUCCCUUAUACAUUCAGGUGCUACGACUAAGUCAGACCGCCUUAUCAAAAACAACAACUGGUCAAAUAGUGAACCUGAUGACUAGCGAUGUACAAAAGCUGGAACAGGUUUGUACUAAAAAUAGUGUGCUUGCUUGUAACCGCAGUUUAAACUCUUGAAUCAGCUUUCCAUGAGUGAUAUCCACGUGCCCCAAUAUCGUCUCAAGAAACGCGGCUUUAUCUAUACGGAUACAUUAUAAUUACUGUUUUGCCUUGCCUCUUCGUAAGAAGGGUCAGAAACGGUUUGUCGAAAAUAGAGUUUCAUGAGAAUAAAGGCUUUUUAAAGCGAUCUCAAAGGUGAAAUCUUUUGAAAACGUAGGUCUACCGUCUUGCUUGUACAUGGCCAAAAACGAAGGUUUAAUGCUGUUGUCGUAGCUACACAUGCACGACUCUGUUUCGUUCACAACUAGGGCGGAUAAAGGUUGGGCGAUGAAACGAGCACUCCGCUCUUCAAGUGAUCUGUGAUGCGGUGCAGGACUGGCACGAGUGCUCUUUCCACGCGCCCGGUGUGCUUGAAAGCCGGCGAAAUUUUCCUUUUUGCAAAGCGGAAAUCCUACUUUCUUUCGGUAAUUUCAGCCUACAGUGUGAAAUACGUAAAUUCGUUUCAUAACAAUAUUGAUAAACAGUUUCAUAUGUUUUUGUCUGUAUGCGUAUAAGCAGAAGAACGCUUCUGGUAUAAGUCAAACGUGUCCCCUUGUGUCCCCCUGUGUCCCCUCGUGUCCCCUUGUGUCUCAUGUCCCCUUGUGUCCCUUGUGUCCACUGUGUUUCCUUGUGUCCUGUGUCCCCUUGUGUUCCCUUGUGUCCCCUUGUGUCCCUUUGUAUGACUUGUGUCCCCUUGGGUCCGCUGUGUUCCCUGUAUCCCCUUUUGUUCCGUGUCCCCUUAUGUCUCCUGUGUCCCCUUGUGUCCCUUAUGUCCCCUGUGUCCCCUUGUGUCCCCUUGUGUCUCCUGUGUCCCCUGUCUCCCCUUGUGUCCCCUGAGUCCCUUGUGUCCUCUGUGUCCCUUUGUGUUACCUUGUGUCCCUGUGUCCCCUUGUGCCCCCUUGUGUUCCCUUGCAUCCCCUUGUCUCCCCUGUGUCCCUUCGUAUUCCCUGUGUCCUCUUGUGUCCCUUGUGUCCCCUGUUUCCCUUGUGUCCUUUGUUUCCCUUUUGUCCCUUGUGUCCCCUGGUGUUCCGUUGUGUCCCCUGUGUUCCCUUGUGUUGCCUUGUGUCCCGUGUGUCUCCUUGUGUCCUCUGUGUCCCCUGGUGUUCUGCUGUGUCCCCUUGUGUCCCUUGUGUCCCCUGUGUCCUUUUGUGUCCCCUGUGUCCCCUUGUGUCCCCUUGUGUCCCCUGUGUCCCCUUGUGUCUCCUGUGUCCUCUGUGUCCCUUUGUGUCUCCUGUGUCCCUUUGUGUCCCGUGUGUCCCCUUGUGUUCCCUUGUGUCUCCUGUGUCCCCUGUGUCCCUUUGUGUCUCCUGUUUUUCACUGUGUCCGCUGUGUUCCCUUGUGUCCCCUGUGUCGCCUGUGUCCUCUUGUGUCUCCUUCUGUCCCCUGUGUUCCCUUGUGUCUUCUUUUGUCCCUUGUGUCCCCUGUGUCCCUUGUGUUCCUUGUGUCCCCUUGGUCCCUUGUGUCCCCUGUGUGCCCUUGUCCCCUGUGUCCCCUGUGUCCCCUGAGUCUCUUGUUUCCCUUGUGUCCCCUGUGUCCUCUUUUCUGUUUGGAAAAAAAAAGAAAUAUAUGGCGGCGUUGCCCUUGUUUCUUUUAUGGCGCGAAAACUUUGAUGGGUUUCAUUGCUUUCAUAUGACAACAUGCGGGGUUUUUUUGCACGCUCAGGUGGUCAGAGGAUGUGAUUUUUCAUGAAAAUCAAAACAUAAUGUUCUGCUUGACUUAUUUAGAAAAUAAUUUGUGAAAUUUUUAGUAACAGACUAACAGGUCUCUGAUUUAUUAAGUUGGGCGACCAACAUGGAGGCUUGGGCACCUCAGCUAAAAAAUUUAGCAGCCCGAAGGGUUAAUCGAAAAUUUUAUUUGGGCGACCAUCUUUUAGGCCUGGGCACCCCAUCUAAAAUGGUUGGGAGCCCGAAUCCCUGAAAAUUUUCCUUAAACCACAACCUUGCGCCCUGUAGUUAUUGGAAGUCUGAUACGUUACGUGCUAUUGUUGAAUGUGGAAGUGCAUUUAUUGAGGAUGUUAGUAAAGCUGGAAUGCAAAUGUUAGCGAACUACUCCGUACUCUUAACAUAUAUGGUGGUAGUAUUGAUGUAAGUUUUGUUUUGAGGAGCAAAGGAACCCUUGUGUGUAACUAAUCUUCUGGUGUAUUUAACAGAAUUAUGUCCGUCUCUCCUGCACACAUUUGCUGUUGAUACACUGCUCAACUUUCCAAUGCCAUUUAACAUAAUUCUCACUUACACCGACACAUCCCGCGUAAACGCCUUCAGGCGUCCUCUGGUUCUCACUAAGACACAGGGAAGUAAACAGUGAAAGUAAGGGGCAACUAAUUUUAAAGUUCCGAAGAAACAGAAAGACACAUAGGAUGUUUUGUGAAAAUAACAAAUAAGCGUUAUGGUGUCUCAGAUUAAGCAUAAUUAACCUUGCACGAGUUGCACGCAUUUAUAAAAUACCGUACACGUUAUCUAGUUAAUAAAACACCAUAUGCUGUCUUUUAGUUUUGCCAUGGACUAGGUUUUGCUUCGUGUAUUAGACAGUUUUUAGUUGUUGUUGUUUUUUUGAAGAAUGUCGACAGUGGCGAGUAGUAGAACGAAAAUAUAAUUGGUAGUCAUGGAAGUAACCAGAGAAACCUUUGUCUACUUCAAUUAACUAAACCUCCCGCAAAAAAUAGCAACAUUUGCCUCUCCUAGACAAUGUACUUUUAGUUUGAGUGGUAUGAAGCUCAAUCCCAAAAAGGCUAGAAAACUCUUCGUUCUCCCUAUUUUUCUUCGAUUAUUGCAGAGUUGGAAAACUCAUAUCUCAUUUCCCUGUUAUUCCCAACUUGGCGUCACUUUGAUCUGUAGCUCAUAAUUUGAUCCCAGUCCACUGCAUCACAUCUGUUUGCUCGGAAGCGCUUGUUUCAUCGCCUAACCUUUAUCUGCUCUGGGGCCUGUCUCUCGAAAGGCCAGGAAUCUUUUCGGGCAGGAAGGCAAAUUUUAAAAGCAAAUCCUGUUGAAUUGUAGCACAGUUCCUAGCUCACAGACCAGUCCAGUCAAUUUUGCUUCAUUAACUGAUAGUUUCAUUGUAUCGUUUUAAGAAUUAUUGAAACUUUGACCUUGAAUGCAAACACGCGUAUGGCAAAUAUAAAUCAGCUUACCGGGCCCGAAAAGUUACUGUGACUUUCGAGAAACGGGCCCCUGGUCACAACAUAGCAACAAUCCAGGAAAUUAAAAAGAAACUUGUCUGAGAGGAGCCUGGGAACGAAAGCGUAUCAUUAGAGAUGUAUGCGUUUUCAAUGGCUAACGUUGGUGGUUUACCAUUUACAAAACGUUUUGGGAAACUUUCGGUUAGAGAGUAAAUAGACACUUAAUUCUGGGUCGUUCCAGUGACAAAUUUCUGGGAGUAGCGGAGUAACGUCUGGAAAGGUAGUCUUGUUUUUCCCGUGCGAAUGCUCCAAGUGGAAAUUCGUAUUCCAUGAGUUCAGAACCACUUUUAAUAGCAGUUUCAGGCUUUUGCGGCCAUCUCUGCGGUAAGUGGGAUUGAUUUGUGCAAGAGGUAAAGCUGAUUCUUUGUUUAUUAUUUGCCCAGAUCGUGAACCGAUCGGUUUGUCCAUUUAAAUAUAAUGGUAAACAACCUAAGUGUGGACACAGAGGUCUUUAACGGUUUCCAUUUUGGUGACGCGAAAAUGGAGGUUUUCGUCAACACCUUUUUGUGGACAUGUCCUCAAUCAAUUGCUUAAUGACCCUUCCGACCGAUAAUGUUCAUACUUACCUCGUAGGUCCUUCCUAAGAAUACUCAUAUUAUAUUUUCUCUUGUUCUAAUUUUUCAAGACAACAGUGUUUGCCCAUUACAUCUGGAUAGCUCCUUUGGCAGUAUGCGUUGUAGCAUUCUUUUGCUGGCAAGAGGUUGGGCUUGCUGUUCUGCCUGGAGUUUUUCUAUUCCUUUGUCUUGUACCGUUCCAGUGGUGGAUUGGACGAUUCUUUGUCCGUUUGAGGUACUGUUUGACUAGUGUUACCAUAUGAAACUACAGUCUAACCUCUCCUUACGGACACCUCUAUAAUAGGGACACCUCUCUAAUACGGACGGUUCGUUUGGUCCCAGAAAUGCCAAAAACCAUACAUUCUCUACCUCUACAAUACGGUCACCUCUGUAAAGCGGACAGUUGGUUCUGUCCCUUUGGUGUCCGUAUUAAAGAGGUUUGACUGUAUAAUAUUACAGUAAACAAUUUACAAGGAAAGUCCCGCAAGAGUGUUUGCGAUAGUUUAAAAGUGUUUUCUAUGUUGUGGUGAUGAUCAAAUUUCAGUGUGGUAUUGCAGUAAUUUUACCCCUGAAUGGCGUUUUUUCCGACCGCGUGGGAUCAGGUAUUUUUGUGUUUGGAACGAUUGACUUUGCGGCAUUUAAGUGUGCGCUGCUUUGUGCGCUGCUCUGUGCGCUGCUCGCCGUAUGGUGUUCUUAUGUUUUUCAUUUUGUCAUGAAUUAAACUUGAUUCAAAGAAACAAAGUUUAAAAAAAUACCGUAAAAUUCCGAAAAUAAGCCCCCGGGCUUAUAUUUUUCAAAGGUCCUUUUUGAGGGGGUUAUUUUUGGAGGGGCUUAUAUUCGGAGGGGGCUAUCUAUGGAGGGAAAUUCGCGCUCCAAAAUCAAUUGAGCUAGCCUUAUAGCUGGAAGAAAAUUUACCGUUUUUGCUUUAAUUAACUUUGUAUUUGAGGGCAACUUCCUAGUACAAGCCCCCCCCCCGGGGGGGGGGGGGGGUUUUUUUUGGGGGGGGGGAUUUACGGGGGGGGUUUUGGGGUUCGGGGUUGGGGGGGUUGAAUGGGGGGGGGUUUUUUUUGGGGAUUUUGGGUUUUUGUUAUUUUUCUUGGUUUUUGUGGUUUUUUAUGGGAGUCGCCCCUUGAGAUUUUUUUUCUUCAUAGAUCGGUGGUGUGAUCAUUUUAUAUUUUUAAAAGGUCCUUUUGGAGGGGGUUAUUUUUGGGGGGGCUUAUAGUCGGGGGGGGCUUUUUUGGGAGGAAAAUUCGCGCUCCCAAAUCAUUUGAUCAAGCCUUAUAGUUGGAAAAAAAUUUUCCGUUUUUGUUUUAAUUAACUUUGUAUUUGGGGGCAACUUUCAAGAAAACGCCCCCCCCCCGGGGGGGGGGGGGGCUUAUAUUCGGAGGGGCGAUUUAACGGAGGGUUUUUUGCGUUACGAGUUUGGGGGCUUAGACAUGGAGGGGCUUAUUUUCGGAAUUUUAGGCUAUUCGUACUUUUCUAAUGCUCUUGGAUUUUCAAUGAGAUGCGACCACUAAGAAUGUGUUUCCUCAGAGGUCCGUCGUGGUGAUAGACGGAAACAGAAACUGACGAAAGCGUAAGUUAAAUUUUUGAAUUAAAAGGUGAUAAGUUAUUGAAAGGCGCAGUAAACUUGAAUUUAAAGAGCGUAUCACUGGGAUGACAUUGUACAGCAGAAGAUUUUAACUAAAAAAUUAGAUUACAAACAAACUGGAAAAAACACUGAAACUGGGUAAGCUUUAGGGGAGAGUGAAUUAAAUUUUUUUUUUUCAGAUCCAAAAUUGCAGCCCUUACAGAUGAACGCAUCAAGGUGAUGAAUGAAAUCAUCUCUGGAAUGAGAGUCAUCAAGAUGUACACCUGGGAAAAACCUUUUGCUAGGCUGGUAGCCAAUCUUAGAAGGUUUGCUCCCAUUAUUUUACCUGAGCUUAUUAUUAAUUCAUGAAGACGAAACAAUAGAUAAGAAAAGUGUGACGUCACAAAAUUCAAAUUUGUAAAAUUAUGGUAUUGGAAGGCAUAUUCAGAGCAAAAAAGAUGAAAGAAGCCCCCUUGCAAAAAAAUCAGCCUUUUAUUGCAAAUUGGCGGGGAGAUGUAUGCACCUUUAAUCCUCUGAUGACUCCGUACAAAUCCUUCGAAAAUUGGCUUGGAUCGAAACGUUUACGAUCCAGCCCUAUUUUAUACGAAUUUGUAUGGAGUCAUCAGAGCAUAACAUUGCUUAUAUCCCCCCGCCAAUUUGCACUAACGGACUUUUUUUUGGCAAGUGAACAUUUUUUGGCUUGUUCUUUCUUGAUAUGCCAACCUAUCCCAUAAUUUCACAACUUUAGUUUUUGUGACGUCAUCACUUCUCUUCUCUAGUAAGGCAAAGACAAAUCAUUUUCAACCUGUUUGAAUUGUACCUCCUCAUUCUAGACACCAACCUCACGUAGCUAUAAUUAACGAACAGUCCCUAGCAUACAAAAGUGUUUGCAUGUCAUUCACUAUCACACACAUUCCAAUGUUCUUAUGGCGUGCGAGGAACAUUUAGUCAUAUUGUGUCUACAUACAUAUUUCUAUGUUUGUACUUCUUAUCGUGUAUGAUAGAAGUACAAUAGAGCCUUUUCAUAAGUAUUUCACCAGCUCAGCUUGCUCAAAGAGCCAUCGUGUACAAUGUAGUUGAACAUUCCAAAGUAGAAAUACAAGCAGCAUUUAACUGUAGUAUGGUUUACUUUCCAGACAGGAGAUCAAUCAGACAAAGUGGCACGCAUUUUUCCGGGCCAUCAAUGGUGCAUUCUAUAUUUCCGCUCUGGCAGUAAUAAGCUUUGUUGUUUUCACCACAUAUGUGAUGACGGAGCACACAAUAACCCCAGAGAGGGUAUUUGUUGUUCUGGGUCUGUUCCUGUCAGUGAGAGUGUGCUUCACGUUAUUCUUCUCUUUGGGCAUAAUGUACGUAAGGGAAGCAGCAGUGACAGAGAAGCGAAUACAGGUAAAGUUGUUCGAGAAAAAAAUUAAGCUUCUUUAAUGUGGACUAUUUAGAGCUGAUUGCACGUGAGGCUGAUGCCUUUGUUGUGUGGAAGUGUACACUGGGAUUGUUUUGGGGAUUGAUUUUGCCUGCGCAACCUCGUAAUGCAAUUGUCUUAUAGCCAAUGAAAGACGUGAUAGCGUCCCUAAACACCCAUAGUUCAUUUCGACUCAGCACUGACCAUGUCUCACGUGUGACAUCAAUAUGGGUGAUAUGCCUCCUAGGGUGAAAUCGCAGAAUAUUAGCGUCCGAAGCUUCGUAGUAAAUGUUGAACACAGUGUAAGGGGAGCUCGGACCUUUACGGAAAUUUAUGCCAAUUGUGGUCUAUUUUAAAUAAAGUUAAUUGGAGUGGUGAGAGGAAUUAGGUUGUUUUGGACCAUUUUUCACUUGAAAAUUGUUAAAAGGAAUUCUCCUCAAAGCCCAGCUGAGUUAGCUUGCACCACAGAAAAUAUUGACUUCUGGCUAAGUCCGUCUUCGAAACAGCGCUGAAAUCCUUGUUCUGGAUCCCCACCUGUGUACCAGGAUUUGAGCAUGCACCAUGAUUGGCCUGUUAAAAAGCCAUUGACAAUUUGUUAGUCAGGUUGAAGGGAAAUUGGAAACGCAUUUCCGGUAAUACAUUAGGUCCUUUGGAGGCCCAAGUACAAGGAUAUCGGCGCUCACCCCACUUCGCAGACGUUACUAACGACGCAGGCUAAAGGUGAUAUUACACGGGACAAUUCGUAACGAUGAUUUUUAGCGCAACACAGCGUUGCAAUGUUGGAACAAUGUUGUAACUAUUCGAAACAAUGUUGCAACAAUGUUGCAACACUGUGUUGCGCUAAAAAUCGUCGUUGCGAAUCGUCAUCACCUUAAUCCGAAUUUCCUCCAUAUAAAAAGCCCUCCUUGUAUCAAUCUCGUCCAAAUAAAUGCCUUCAAAAUGUUUUUAUAUACAUAUUUUAUCGUCAUUCGUGAAACUCGAAAGGAAUAUCCUGAAUCGAUGGAUAUCAAUAUCUAUGUAUAUCUAGACUGCAUAUUGAUAAUCUGUUCCUAAUUUUGUUUUAGAAAUUCUUAGAGCUUGAAGAGCGAGAUCCAAAUAUGUGUGUCCAAGAAAGUAAAAGUGAAGCUGAUGUUCCAGUUGUAGUGCUGAAUAAUAUUACUGCUUACUGGGAUAAGGUAAAAAAUCAACAUAACGUUUUUGAAUAUAAACCAUGCUAUUAUUUUAAGCAACAGGCAUACAGCGUUUUGCUAAUAAUAAUAAUCAGUCAGCCUAUCAACAAGUUUUCUGCUGCUCAGAUUACACUACAUAAAGAAAGAGUAGAUGUUAAGUAGUGGAUAGGAGAUGUCUUUGUAGGCCCCGUUUUAAAGACCUUUAUUCCCACUGUUAUAGCGUCCCCUUCUCUUCGCUCAUAAGGUCUCUUGUUUAGUUAACCAACACAAACAUUGAAUGAGCACCUAGCAUAUUAUACCUUUAACCUAUGACGAACAAUUACUGGCAGGUGCAUGAAACAUUUAAGCAUUUUCUGGUAACUGAGUACAUUUUUGUCAUCUGUUUCAGUCGUUAAACCCCACCUUGAAGGACAUCACCUUUGAAGCCAAAUCGGUACGUAUUUCUGUUGAAUUUAAAAAUAUGUAGUUACGUAACGUUUUCGUCAAGUAUGAGUGACCGUCAUCAAAACUGAUGGUUGUUUUCCGUUGUAAAUUUUACUGGAAAUAUUAUGGGUUUGCCCAUAUUUCCCUGGUUCUCGUGGUUUCCCUUUGACCUUUUGUUCCCUUAGUCCUGGAACCUGAGCGUGUGUUUGGUCAUAGCGAUGGCUGAGAGAUGAACAAUGACUAAAGAAUGAAAAGUUAGGUGAGAGCUCGUUGCUCCCGUGAAGACAUUUACCAUCACCUUAUCAUCACCGGUAUCGAACCUCAUGCUUGUGUCCAAGGCGUCAGAAAAAGUAACGGCUACGCAACUCUGGGAAUAUUUAUGUUCAAAUGGAUGAAAUGAGGAACUUCAGUCUGCUUAUAAAGCUAAUCAUAGCUGUGAAACAGCUCUGAUUCGAGUACAGGAUGAUAUCCUCAAAGCCAUCGAUAGUCAUCUCGGUGUUUUGCUUUUGCUAGUGGAUCUUUCUGCAGCCUUUGAUACGGUUGAUCAUGAAAUUCUUCUAGGAAGACUCUUCUCUAGGUUUGUUAUCAAAGAAAAAGCCCUGGAUUGGCUACGAUCUUACCUUACAGACCGUACGCAGCUUGUGAAAGUGGACGACGCUUCAUCCACGGUACGACCUCUUCAUUGGGGGUGUACCUCAAGGUUCGGUCCUAGGCCCUAUGUCUUGCUUAUUGUAUACAUCUCCACUGGGUGAUAUCGUUCGUGAGCAUGGCUUGUCGUUUCACUUUUAUGCUGAUGACUCGCAGCUUUAUACAUCUUUUGCUCGCAAUGACACCUCUGAUCUAGUGGCUGCAAAACAACGUCUUAAGAACUGCGUUGCUGACAUCAAUUUGUGGAUGACUACCAACAAGUUAAAGCUUAACAAUGAUAAAUCAGAAUUUCUCUUUCUGCACUCCCGUUUUCGUCAUUCGUUGUCCCCUCCCACGAUUUCUCUUGGCAUGGAAAACAUCAGGCCCUCUCAACAGGCUCACAAUCCUUGCGUGAUUUUUGACGACAGAAUGUCACUUUCACCACAUGUUAAUACAAUAGUUAAGGGUACCUUCUAUCACAUACGAAAUAUUUCUAAAAUAAGAAAAUACAUCAGUAAAAGUACCACAGAAAUUCUAAUUCACGGUUUUGUCACCUCGAAGUUGGACUUUUGUAAUUCUCUUCUUUUUGGUGCCCCAAAACGGGUCAUAGUUAAGUUGCAGUCCGUUCAAAAUGCGGCUGCUCGAAUUAUAGCCGGUCUCAAAAAACGAGAUCACAUCACCAAGACUCUAAGAGAUCUUCACUGGCUUCCUGUUGAGGAGAGAAUUGUUUUUAAAAUAAACUUAAUAACUUUUAAAACAUUGAAUGACUCCGGUCCCCGUUAUCUUGAAGAUAUUUUAAAAUUUUAACAUCAAUCAAGGACAUUACGGUCAUCAAGUAAUCAUUUACGCCUUGAAGAACCAAACUUUAACAUGAAAACUUAUGGCCAGCAAGCGUUUUCUGUUGCUGUCCCCCGACUAUGGAACAAGCUCCCCUUUGAAAUUCGAGCUUGUUCUGAUGUUAAUCUUUUUAAAUCUAAGUUGAAAACGUUUCUUUUUAAAAAGGUAUAUGACAUUUAGUUUCACCAUAUUUGUUUUUGUUUUCUUUGCGUAUGCGAUAAAUUUCCCAAUAUGUACGGUAGUGUUAUAUGUAAGCUUUUGAUUAAUGAUAUUCUUAUGUCCUUUUUUACAUUGUAAAGCCCUUAGAACAGCAAUGUAUAAGCGCUAUAUAAAUUCUAUUAUAAUAAUAAUAAUAAUAAUAAUAAUAAUAAUAAUAAUUAUUAUUAUUAUUAUUAUUAUUAUUAUUAUUACCUUAAAUGACUGCGAUAAGACAAUGUUUUUUUCUUGGAAAGGUUACUUAUCGGUUGGUUGCUAGUGAAGGUUGGUCGUUCUAUCCGUCACGGAAUAAAAACAGUAGCAGGUCAUAGGUUAUCAUAGCCAAACAGUGAAAAGUCUUGAAAAUCCGCGAAACCUAAGCUGGCUUAUUCUAAGAGCGAGGCUGCACUCUUUUUUUUUCCUCAUUGUCUUUUGCCGUUUGGGUUUCAAAUAGUCCAGGGACUUUUUAGCACAGUUAUGGGCCCUGUUAGGCGAGGGAAAACAGUUAGAACCAUCUUUUUGAUACCCUGCAGAGGAAUUUUUUUUGAAGAAUUAUUUCUUGCAGACGCUUGAAAGCGUUUGCAAUAAGGUAAAAAAGAUAUCUAGUGAACAACAAUAACAACUUUAUUACACAUUAAACAGUUUACAAAUAGAGGAAGAGGACAGGAAAGAAAAUAUUUAAAAAAACAAGGAAUACUAAUAAUUUUACUAAGAGAACAAAAAGUAGAUACCCUACACUGCGUAAUUAUUUGCUAAAAAUAGUUCAAUCUAUUAAAUACGUUACAUCUAUUUUGAAGAGCUUGGGCGAUUUAUUUGAACGAAAGUAUCGGCUUCAGCAUAGUCGUCCUUAUCCAAAAGAGCAUCGAAUAAAAAUCCACGAAUUUAAAAGUAUCUCUCCAGUAGGAAGGAAUUAGGUUCCAUACUUUUGCUCCAGGUAUUGAAAAUGAGCGCUUGAAAAUUUUCAACUUUGCCUCUUUCUGUUAAUAAUUGCCUUUAGUAGCAUGCUUUGUAUUGUAUCUAUGAAUUUCAUCUGACCAGUUGACCAUUGUUUCAGUGAUGAGAGUUAACACUGUAUUAGAGUUAUCCGGUAUAUACAUGUAUAGCAUGAAUUUAUACGAACAAUGCAUGAGUCAAUAUUAUAAUAGGCUUGUGUAUGGAUGAUUAGUAUGUUUUCUUUUUUGGUUAGGGAGAACUCCACAUUGUUGUUGGGCCAGUGGGAGCGGGAAAGGUAAUGAAAGUUUUAGCUGUACUAGCUAAUGUGUGUAGAAGCACUGUAUGCUGCAAAUUGUAAAUUGUUUACCGACGGAGCACUUAAGGGUUCUUAAGAAUUCGUUGAAACGUGUUCGUGCCUUCCAGAUCAAAAUGGAAUUUGGAAGCGUUUUUCUUUUUAAGGAGAAGGCAAUACCAAAAAACCUAGAGAGAAACCUCUCUGAGCAAGGGAGACAAGCAACAACAAACUCAACUAUUUUAUUCAAACUCGGGCCACAUUGGUGGCUGCGCCACCCUUGCUUUCAUUAUUAGACGUUUAACGAGGCAAAAUGUUGACUUUUGACAUUUAUACCAAGUUUUCAAAGGCACUGUAUAUGGCGCUCUUGUAAUGGUACUUCUGUGGUGCAAUUUAGCUUUCAGUGAAUAAGAACUCUAGGAAGAAGAGCGCUACUGCAUCGAAUAAAUAUGUUGGUAAAGGUUCGGUGAGGAUGCGAACAAGCCACUUUCUGGCUGAACGUUUGAUGGUUUUAGGCAAAAUGAUUUGGCCACAAAAUUACAAAACACUUUAAUACCAGACAAGUUUAUCUUUGAUCUUCAGACCUCAUUGUUGAUGACCAUGCUCGGUGAGCUGGCAAUUUCUGAUGGUCAGAGGCAGGUUCGUGGUAAAGUGGGCUAUUCGUCCCAGCAACCUUGGAUUUUUUCAGGAACAGUCAAAGAGAAUAUUGUGUUUGGUCAAGAAUUUAACCAAGUUCGGUACCAGCAAGUCAUCAAUGCCUGUGCUCUUAAAAAGGUUUGUCUCCUCCUUAAAAAUUACAAAGUUCGCCACUUACACAUCUUCCAAAAUGCACCUUGUUUGCCCCCCAAGAUUUUGCUCAAGUGUUGUUUUCAAUUCCUUUUGAGAUGGCUGUAAUACCGAGGAGAAAUGGAAAACAAAGGUUAUACAGAAUGUUUGGGGUCAAACAAGGUGUAUUAUGGGAGAUGUGCAAAUGGCGGUUAAUGUUUACCAGGGCGAGAAUGAAGCUGACUCCUCUUUGCGAUAUUCAUUUUCUUCUACUGUUACAUCAACCAAUUGCCACUCAUUCUAUUUUUUUUGUUUUACUGUUUAACUUAACACUUUAGUUAGUUCAGGGUCGGCUUGUUCAAAGCUGGGUUAAGUUAACCCAAGGUUAGAGCCAAAUUUUAAUACAGAUAUUGAAAUAGUUUUUUUUGUCAACAAUUUGAUGACUGGGUGCUCUCAAAAAAGUAGAGAAACUUAUCCAAGAAAAAAAAAACUUUUGAACGAAUGCGGCCUGCGUUAAAAUCUAACCCCGUGGUAGCGCCAAUCGACUUUCCACCAACUGGGCCCAGGGUUGCCUAUAUGACCUAAAUAUAACCUGUCCACUUCCAUGACCACCGAAUUGUAUUUUGCAAUGUUUACAUUUCGUCAGUUGAACUUGUGCUGAUUAUGUUCCUUUUCUCACUUUUUCUUGCCGUGGGAUUUGACAGACCGUGUUACACUCCUUCUAUAAUUAGCGCGUCGUUUCCAAAAUUGAUAAUAUUUAUUAGAUUUAAAUGCGGCUAAUUGACUCUACGGGUGUGUGUGUUCCUUUCGGUGAAUCCAAAAACGGAUUUUAGAUCUAAGAACGGAUUUCGCGUUCCUUUUGGCAAAUCUAAAUCCGGAUAUUUGAUCUGGUGAAUCCUUUUUGAAAAAGGAUUCAUUGGAUUUGAAAUCCGAAGAAGCCAAAUCCAGAUUAACGGAUUAGUGAUCUACGCUGUUCCAUUUACAGUAGAUCCGAAAUUAGUCAGAUGAUCCAGCGGUAUUUCCAGUUGAAGUAUUCCCUUAGAGGCCGUAGAGUUUCCUUGUUGCUGUCAUUUGCCGCAAAACAUCUGAAAACACUAGAAGAUUGUUCCUGGUACAUAAAAAUAUCCAUAUACUAACUGUUUGUCUCUAAAGAUUGCUUGAAAUCAGAAAUAAGUAAAAGUAACAAAUGGACUGCUAUCUAACUACAAACUCGCUUGUAGACGCGACAGGCACUCGAUCGUGUUACAUAAAAAAAUCCGAGCUAUGGAACUGGAUCAAACUGGCCGACAUUCUUUAGAUAAUUUUCAAUUUUAAUGCGCUUCUUUCUUUGUCUGUUUUAUAUGUUCCAUCGUCGCUAUUCGAACUGCCGACCACUAAAUUCUGCAGGGUAUAAUCGCAUAAUUUGUCCAAGAGUAGAAAACACGUCAUUUUUUGAGAGGCUGUCGUGCAUAUUGCACGACAGGCGAAAGGUUACCAAGGUUACAAAUCCAAUUUCGGAUUUCACGUUCCUUUCGACCGCGAAAUCUGGCAAAUCUGGGAUCAAAAAUCCGUUUUUGGAUUCGCCGAAAGGAACACACCCUACAUUGCCACAACCUUAGCCAGCAAGGUUUUAUUCUUCCUAUGUAUUAAUAAAAGACCUGCAUUUAAACCUCUCCUCUAACUUGUGUUACAGGACUUGAAACUUUUUCACAGUGGUGAUUCCACUCUGGUAGGAGAAAGAGGUGUGGUACUAAGUGGUGGACAGAAGGCACGCAUUAGUUUAGCAAGGUCCGUAUGGCAUUGUGUUUGCUUUGUAUUUAAUUAUGUUUUACUUCUGAAUUAUCCGUUCCCAACAACUGUGGCUCUACCUGCUUUGCUAUUUGUCUCUUAUCUGCGCAAUUGCAUAUGAAGCUGUUUUAGCUGGCUUAGUGACCCUUGACUGUGGGUUGUUGAAUUUUGUUUAUUUCUAAAGUAAAUAGAAAUCAAUUGUCAUUUUGACACAGUCACGCUGCUCAGUCAUGUGGGCUUACUGUUACUGGAAGGUAAGAGAAAUAGAGGAGUGUGGGGGACACUCAUUGCGUUCGCGAACCGCAACCCCUUAUUUUGUGUUGGGUUGCCUGUUUCUCUUUUUUUAAAGGUUCCUGUGGUUGCGUUAGCCAGAACGUUUUGACAUUCCAAACAUUCCGAUGGUUACUUAAAUGGCGCCCCAGAUGUUUUUUGGAGGGGCUUGUGUCCAUUGCGCACCCUCAGCCUUUGCAGCCAAUCAAUUCUCGUGGGUGCGUCGCGUGCGUUUUUCUUUCUUUGCGUAGAUGUUUAUUCCUUCGUUACGUAGCACUGUUUUUUCAGGAAUUUUCAUCGCAAAAACGUUUUCCUUUCGUUGCAGAGCUGUGAACGUAAGUAAGUAGGGCAAAGAAAUGCUUUGGGAACCAGUUAGAACUGAAAACGUUUUGGCGAAGACGAAGAGUUUGAAAGGAAGUGACAAGAAAUUUCCGAGAAUUGAGGCGAUACUUACUUUCACUAUAUGCAAAUGAGGACUAAAUGAAAAUGUAAUGGCCACAUUAUAAGCGUGCGAUUUGUUUUGAGGGAUGAUUUAAAUGGGCCAUUAUUUUAAUCGCUUCUUGGUCUAGUGAUCGCGUCACUAGAAUUUCCCACAUAAAACUGUUCCUCCGCAGGCAACUUGAACAUGAAUAAUAGUAAAAUUUUCCUGGAUCUGGUUUAUUUCGCUUUACAGAGCUGUUUACUACGAUGCAGACAUAUACCUCUUGGAUGAUCCCUUGAGUGCUGUUGACACCCAUGUUGGACGGAAACUCUUUGACAAGUUAGUCGAGGCUUUUUUCAAAUCUUUGGAAGGGUCUAGGCGAGUCCUAUCCCUUUUGCUCUCAUUAGCAUUCGAGUUAACCCAUAAUUUUAAGCCGUCGCCGUAUAUACACAUUAUGUUGAAAAAUUUGAAACAGUCGUGUGAGCUGCUUGAUGUGAGCAGUUGGUUCAAUUUUCAGCUCUUUGCAGUUAAUAGCAAAACAAAUAGAAGUAAUCAAAAACUGCAAAAUUGCUGGGUGGCAAAAACGUUAAUGAGUCCAUACAUUCUUUGUAAAGUUUGUGGUGUUUCAAAGAGAAUUUCUACGAAACUAUUCGGUAUAUCGGGCUAAAAUUUUCAGACUGAGAUAACUUCAGGGUAGUCAAAAGUAGCCGGCUGCCCGCGAAAAUCGCCGCCUACUUUGUUAGUAUCGGCCGUCUACUCUGCUUCCUAGACAGGCCGCUUAGUUUGACAACUCAGCCGUCUACUUCAAAACUUUCUGGCAACCCUGGAUAACUGAAGUUGUAAUGCUCUUUCAAUAUUCAGAGAUUUUGUUUUAUUAUAGCUUCAUCAGAUAAUAAUAAGCAUAUGUUAAUAAGGCAAAAAAUGUGAACAGGAAUUCGCCUACAGUCCCUGCUUUUUGGAACCCCCAAUUCUUCCAACCAGCAAAUCAUUCAAACCAGAACGUCAAAUCUGUCAUUCUACCCGAAAUUCUUUAGCCCAGCUUCUGUUUGGCCAGGACAAAGGUUCAAAUAUGGGGAUUAUAUCUGUACAUUGUUGUACUUUUGCUUUUUGUAUGGUGCAAAUGGCCAAUCUAUGUAUUGAUGUAUGUGAUAGCUUCAUAUGCUCUGCUUAAAGUGAUAGAUGUAAAUAGUGCUCGUUUAUUACGCUCUGAUAAUACUAUCCUUUCAUUGCAGGUGCAUAUCUGAAUUUCUUCAACAUAAAAUCUGUAUUUUAGUAACUCAUCAAGUGCAAUACCUUAAGGAUGCAACAUCGAUCUUCUGUCUGCAGGAGGUUAGUAUAAAUCAGUAAGCUAGAACCAACUAUCGUGUUCUCAUUUACGUAGACGGGUGCUGUUUCGGCUGUAAUGGGUAACUGUGUAUUUGCCUUUACACGGAACGAUUUUCUUUGGAGCUUUUUUUUUUUACUCAUAAAUCGUAUCGUCGUACGUAUGUAUUAUUUACAAGACUCGAAAUCCUGUUGACCGACAAAUAACGCAUUGAGGUGACAGACUUACUCCCAAGAGGUGCUCUUAGUCAACGGAAUUCUACGCACAGACCACGUAGAAAACGGAAAAACUAGGGCCUUCGCUGCAGCGCCUCCUUUCUCCUUCUUUCUUUGUACGGCGUGACGUGUUAGGAAAAGAGCGAAUUAGAUUGUACGCGAAAGAGCUCAGAAGAAAAUUGAGCAAUAAAAGGAGGGAAAAUGAUGAAGAAGGGCAAAAUUCGUCAAAAAACAUACAGCCUUAUCAAUUUUUUGACUCCGUAGCUUGUAUUUUCCAUCGUCCCCUGGUAAAGUAUCCGAGUAUAGUAUCUGUCAAACCAUCAUGAAAGGUAUAUAGCUUAUUCAGGAUACGUCCAUACGAUUCCGGAUAUUUUUGAAAUCGCAUACUUUUUUUACAUGGAUCGGCCUUCCGUCCACACGAACCAAUCAAUCCGGUCACCGAAACCGCAUUGUUUUCAAACCGCUCUCCAGAGAAGGUUUAAGGUGCCGUCCACACGAAUCCGGAUAAAAAGUAUCGUAAAAUUCCGAAAAUAAGCCCCUUCUUGUAUAAGCCCCUCCAAAUAUAAGCCCCCCAAACCGAUAACGCAAAACACCCUCCGUUAAAUCGCCCCUCCAAAUAUAAGCCCCCCCCCCCGGGGGGGCUUGUACUAGGAAAAUUGCUCUCAAAUACAAAGUAAAACUAAGCAAAAUCCAAACCAAACCCGAAAAAAAAUAACCUAAAAUUCCCAAAAAAAACCCCCUCCUUUAUAAGCCCCCCCAAAUAUAAGCCCCCCCAACCCAUAACCCAAAACCCCCCCCCUUAAAUCCCCCCCCCCAAAAUAAGCCCCCCCCCCCCGGGGGGCUUGUACUAGGAAAAUUGCUCUCAAAUACAAAGUAAAACUAAGCAAAAACGGUAAUUUACUCUCAACUAUGAGGCUAACCCAAUCGGAUUUGAAACGCAAAUUUCCCUCCGUUGAUAAUCCCCUCCAAAAAUAAGCCCCUCAAAAAGGGCCUUUGAAAAAUUAUAUGCCCCAGGGCUUAUUUUCGGAAUUUUACGGUAUGCGGUUUCAAAAAUGUCCUGAUUCGUUUGGACAUGGCCUCAUUGAAGGUUGCUUUUGGCAUGGGGAAUGGCGCACUGGGAAGCUAUUUUUGGUGGUCCCUCAAGCACCUCAUUGCAAUGAGUUCCGUAUGCCCUAAUGUCCAAUGUCCAAUGAUCAUCUGUUUUGAUUUAGCUUUAUUUAGUUUUUCCUCGCUUUUGUGAUGAUGAUGUUUGCUGAUAUCUACUGUUUUCUUCAGGGUUGUUGUGUUGGAGAAGGCACUAUGUCAAAUUUGUCAAAAUCUGGUCUUGAUGUGCAAUCACUUGUCUCCAUACCUGGUGAGACGGAUACGGAGAGUGUCAUUGCGGCGGAUGAUGUUCACGUGGAGGAGAAGAUUCAAGACACUAAAUCUACGGUAAAACGGGCAACAAAAACGUGCAAUUUGUUUUGCAACAUUCCUGCAAAACGAGUUGAAAAGUAAUGUUGCGCGUUCAACCACCCACGUUCAAAUCUGUCUUGCACCAGAUCAGGUUGUCGCAAGUUGCGUGACUAGUGACCUCUGAUUGGAUAAAAUUACGCGGGAGUCACGCCAUACAUAAGAGCGUCACUUGUUGCAAAACAAGUUUGUCUUGGGUCAGUGAAACAUGUGCGGAUUUUGUUGCAAGAAUACAACGUACAACUUUCUACUUUCUGCAACAACUUUUCGCAACAUGCAACAACCUGAUCUACGGUGGGAAUCGAACUAACGCUGUUCAGAUAAUUCAUCGUUGCUCUUUACAUUUUACUUGCCCACACCGUCACGAGGGCAUGGAAAAGGAAAAAAACCAAACAACAACCGCGGACACUAAUGCGUCUCCCAAGGAGACGGGGGCCGCUAUUUCUACGUGGUCAUCCGAGCAUUGAGCGAAGGUCUAACCGUUUGCAGGGCAAAGGCAUUACUUUCUUUCACAGUAUUAGACUGACCCGGGGAUUGAACCUGUGACCUCCAGCGCUCUGUCAACGAAGCUUACCUUGCUGCUCUUAAAGGAGCUUUGUGACCACUGUCUACUCUAUUUUGCGGUCAAUAUUGCCAAUUACGUGUUCUGCGGCGCUAUGGAAAUUAACGCUUUGUAGCAAAGAAAUUACUUGUAAGUAACAAAAUUACUGCUUCUUGUCCAACAAAUAUGCUUUGCUUUCUAAGCGUGAUAGCAAACGUUACAAACAACGAAAAUGAAUUUUGAGAAACGGUUAGGCUAACAAGCUUUCAAAACCCACCAUCGCAGUCCGUUUUAUCAUCUUUAACUUUGUCCAUCCAUGUCUUCUUCAGUAUAUUCUGCGAUAUUUACAUGCACCUUCUUUUAAUGUUUUGAGCGGGUAUUUUUUUGUUUCAUAGAAUUUAGUGGCAGUUCCUGCUGUUUGAAUUUUGAUAAAUUUUGUGACAUAGCCCCUUUAAACCUGCGCUAAAUGUUUGAUCUGAUAAAUAUUUCACAUAAGCGCGUCCAUUGAAACUUCCUUACUGUACGAAUUAUCGUGUAGGAAACAGCCAAGAAGCAAAAUGUUACUGCAAAAGAAGAUCGCUACACAGGGACAGUGACGUGGAGGGUGUACGUUAAUUUCUGGUUGACAGGAGGUGGCGCUUUUCUUACGCUGCUGUUGCUGAUAGUUUUCCUUGCUUCACAGGUGCGAGUUUAGCAGUCUUUAUUUUUUCCAGUUUGUAAGAUCUAACUAUCUUCAGAAGAAAAAAAAAACGUUAUUUUUUGGGUGUUUUGCUUGAAUGUGUGUCUUUUUCGACGAAAGAGACGGAGAAAGAUCCUCCGUCUGUUAUAGUCCUCUGACUGGUCCCUGUAGGGUAGAUACCUGAUGACGUCACAAAAUUUGAGAAAUUGUUAUGUUGGGUGGCUUAAUAAAAAAAAAAACCAAGAUGAAAAAGGCCCAAUUGUCAUGAAUUAACAUGCUAGUUCAAAUUGGUGGUGAAAUAUUAGCAACGUUAUGCUCAAAUGACUCCACGCAAAACCUUCUAAAAUUGGCUUUGAUCUUACCUUUUUGGAUUUUAGAAGGAUUUAAUAAUCCGCGCGUUACGUUGCUAAUAUUUCACCAACAAUUUUCUAGCCAGCUGAAUUUUGGCAUGUGGACAGAUUUCAUGUUGCUCAUUCUGAAUGUCUCAGUCAAUCCCAUUCGUGAGGUCACACUUCUUUAUUCUGUGCUCUAUUAUCUCAGUUCUUGUCGAUGUGCAGUGUUUCGUCCAAUGUAAGGGAAUCCGGGACAAUCUUGGAUUCUGGAUUCCACGCUGUGGAUUGCGAAUUCCAGGUACUGGAUUCCAGUCUUUGUCAGUAGAACUUGGAUUCUGAAUUCCAAUCAUUGGUGCGAUUCCAGAUUCCUUGAGCUGUAUUCCGGAUUCCAAAACCCAGGAUUCCGGAUUCCCUCACAUGGGGCGAAAUGUUUGAUGUUUUGAGCUUAACCAACCACGAGGACGACGUCAGUGGAAGGAAACUUCCUUCAAAAAUAAGCUUGCGUUCUUUCAAACUUUCUUUCAAACUUUAUCGUCUCCUAGUUCCAAAUUGUCUUCUCUGUGUGUUUACGUUCUCCAUACAACGUCGCAGAAGGAAGUUUUACGUCGUAGACGUGCAGUGGUCGUCAAUACCGAAAUGUACCAAACAAAAUGGCAUGUUCCUGCAGCUGUUGUUUUGGCUUUUAUAACCAUUUGUUUUUUUGUCGUUCUCGUUGCCAUUGUUUUCUUGGUUGCCUAAGUUCCCCGAUAUCGAGAAUACUGCACUUAUACUCCUUUUCAAAAUUAAAGAUAUCUCAAGUCAAAAAUUGGCAAUUGACUCUAUUAUAAUAUGUUAUGAAUGAAGCUUACUUUAGCAUGACACUGACAGGCUUAAAUAAUUUGCGUAGAAAGUUGCAGAUGAAUAGCUUUUUAAAGCUAAUUCGCCAUUUGUACAUCGCGCAUAAUACCCCUCGGUUUCCCUUCAAACAUUUUGCAUAAACUUUAUUUUUAAUUUUUCCUGCGCAUUCGUCUCGUGUCAACAGAAAUUUAGCACAAUGCUUGAGCAAAAUCUUUGGGGGUAAAGAAGGUGUAUUAUGGCGGAUGUGCAAAUGGCGAAUAAUCUGGUUUUGUCCUAUUCUAGCCAUUCUUUACAGAAACAGCAACAUUAAUUUCCUUCAUAUGCAAUUUUGACAUUUUAGGCAGUACUUAUGGGCUCGGACUGGUGGUUGGCGCAGUGGUAAGUCAGUACUAACCUUGCAAUCCGAGAAUUCCGCCAGUAAUUAGAACUUUCCAGUCAGAUCUGUUUUUUCCUAAAUAGUGUACAAGGUAGUGAUGGUUUUAAUUGAAAAUUUUGGGGAAAAGUCUUAUAGUUGAUUUUCAAAAUCACCGACCCGAAUGACUAGCUCUGACUCCUGCUAAGCACUGUUAGAGAAAUUCCUCGUAUUUGUGUGGUUUUUGGAUUGUUGUUUGUUUGUUUUAUCACUAAAGGAACAACCCAGAGUCUCUGUUCAACACCAGCAAAAAAAUCAAUAAAUGUAGCCCCGGCAGGAAAAUUGGCUCCUAGCUCGAAGCUAUGCUUGGGACUUAUGGUGAAUUUCCAAAUUGUUGUGCUUAAGGCACCUGUCGAUUAUCACGUUUUAAAGUCUUUCAACCCCAAAAGCGUUGCUAAUGAGCAAUUCAAGAAAAAUUCCAACUUACGUUUUUUGAAAUGAUCGCACUUUAACAGGGCUCAAACUUAAUUUGGGAUUGUUGUUGAUCAUGUUGACCGGCCAAAGUAAUUUUAGCUCGAUCACGUCUCUCUUCUGACCGGUCAAAAUGUUAAACAUAACACGAUAAUAACUUGAACGAACAAGCCUAACAAGAAAAAAACAUAAAGUGAAAAAAGAUUCUUGUCAUUGUGUAAAAAUGGUGUUAUUUUCUGGUCACAUAUUUACGUGUCGGGUCAAAAUGAGCAGCAAACCGACAAUUUGUCCGGUCAAAUGGUCAUCUUGGCGGGACAUUGUCCUUUGACCGGCCUUUAUUUUGAGCCUUGCUUUGAUAUGUUUCUUAUGAACCUCAAAGGUUAUCGAAAUUGACCAUGUGAGUGAGUUUACAUGUAUUCAAAGUUGCUUUACUACGCGUUCUUUUGCAGGGCAGAUACAGAAGAAAGGCAGGCUUCUUAUUUAAGUAACUCAACUGAUAGUAAACACUCCACUGAGACGAGGCAACGCAAUAUUGGAGUUUACUGUGCGCUUGUCUUUGGGACUUUUCUGUUAGCGUUUGUAGGUUCCGGAAUGUUUUUGUAUAUCGCUGUAUCUGCGUCACAGAAAUUGCACAACCAGAUGUUUGAGAAACUCCUUGGAGCAACGAUAUACUUCUUUGAUACUAAUCCUGUUGGUAAGUAUUUGUAAAUGGCCAUGGUUAUGACCCUUUGUUGGGUGUUCUGUGCCGUAUCCAAAUCUACAAGUCUAAAACUUAGAGCAUUCUGUGUUAUUUGCACAGAAACCCUUAGGCGUACUUUGGUCAUCUUCCGUAAUUGGGAGACUGUGCGGAGAUUGUGACCGUUAGCAGUGUUACGUUUGUGCUGAGUAUGCAAACUUUCAAUAAGCUGACGUAUAGUAUGUGCAGUUCAGAUUUUCCAGCAAUCAGGCUUUAUGAAGAAUCUGCCAAAACAGCGCUUAGAAGAAUUUUAAGGUUUUCAUUUGAAUUAUCCUACACUAGAACCACAGACUCAAAAGUCAAACCUUCAUGAUUUGCCCCAUGAUGAACAUAUAGAAAAGAAGAGAUUCCACUCAUGAAUUUCAAUCGUCAAAUUCAUGUUUCUUAUCCGUUCAAUAGAUUUUAAGCCCAAUUCGAAAGUUAGAACCACAUUAUUGUUAGAAUAGUUCUUCUUGGGCGUAACAUUUGCAGUAUCUUUACUUCUUUUAGGUAGAGUUUUGAACCGGUUCUCUAAAGAUAUUGGUCAGAUGGACGACUUGCUACCUUACGCAUUUUACGAUUAUACUCGGGUAGGUGGUUUGAUUUCGCAUUUUUCUUUACGGUCGUGUUUGAAGUGACAAUGGUCCAGUUUCGAAUAGAAACAAUAGACACAGUUGUAUACAGGUUUUCUUCGGACUGGAAUUUACCUUAGGUUGAGGCUAAACCUGUGUAAAUGAUUCUUCAGUGCUUCUGUUAAGCGCCCACGACGAAUUUCAAACUGGACGUUUUCGGAAAAACCCUUUCAGUGAAAGGCCUUUUUUUCUUCACAAAAAUUGGUGACUGUCCUUUUGUUUAGUGGUCCGCAUUGUUUAGAAAUUGUCAUGUUAUUCACAAACUUUUUCUUUUUUUAAUUGCAGUUGAUGGUGUCGUCUUUUGCAAUUCUGUUGCUAAAUGUGGCAACCAUGCCAUACCUCCUGGCCGCAGCUAUUCCCAUAGUAGCCUUCUUUCUUUUCAUACGAAAUUAUUACUUGAAGUCGGCGAGAGAGAUCAAACGCUUGGAAGCAAUGAGUAAGUGUCAAUACGCAGGGUUUGUACAGUCUUAAAUUCCUAAAAGAAGUCUUGACUGCAACAAGAAGCUAUGAGAGCGUAUCCUUGGGCGGACAACUGAGGCUUAUAUUUCGGGGAGAUAACGAGAGAACGCGCGAGCGAGGGACAGAAAAUGCGAAAUCUCCCUUUCUUCCCCCCCCCCCCCCCCCCCCCCCCCCCCCCCUCCCCCUCUCCCCCAAUCGCUUGGCCCCCCUUUCCUUUAUAUUUUUGUAGGAGCACUUUUAAAUAUAAAAAGGCUAGAGGGAGGGCUGUGGUCACCCAUAAAAGACGUCUAUCUCAUUUCAUCGAAGAUAUAAGUAAUAACAACAUCGAACCUAAAUACUAAAAAAAGUCGUGAAGUCAAAAAAAGGGAGUGAGGGGGUAACCCGUGGGGGGAAAAUUGGGGUUUUAUUUUGGGGGGAAAAAGGGGGAACCGGCGGGGCGGGGGACAAAAAAGGGAAAACCCCCCUUUUUCCCCCCCCCCCCUCCCGUCCCCCGUCGUUCUCACGUCUCCAGAAAGGCGGUUAGCGCCCUUUCUUAUUAAUUGUUUCGAGGAAAACUGAGAAGAUGAGGAUGACAGAGCAUGAAGUCGUGGUACACAAAUGUAGAGGCUCUCCUUGUUUACUCAUAAUGAAAUGGAAUCACAUCUGGCAUGAAGGAAAAGAAAUGUAAUGCUGCCUUUGGGGAGCAAAAAAGUUUUAGGGAAACAAAACAAAUGUAACGGCGUUUUGAGGCGGAGAAAGAUCUACCGCGAAUGUUUCUGUUGACUUUUGAUAGAACAAAGUGACUUUUGCCCACAUCGACAUGCACUAUACGCGCGUCAAAUAUCAACGAACUGAAAACAGCCCACUUUUCUUCAAUGGAAAACGAACAAGGGAGUUAUAAAUUUACGUAAUUACAGUACGUUUCAAUUUGAAGGGGACAGAUACCUGUAACACGAGCACAGUUACUGGCAUAGCAUAUUAUAUUUGUGAGACUAGCAGCAGUGGUUUAUAAUGCACGCUUUUGAGAUUUUUUCGCAAAACAGGAGUAACCAUUUCCAACUGUACUAUUCGCGCCAACGAUUGCUCUUCUUUCGUUGGUUUUAAAAGUAGUAAUCCGCUACUGGGGAUUUUCAAUCCAAACCCUUAGAAUUCUACGACAAAAGACGAGUUUUUGCUGAUCUGCUUUCUAUUCUUUAUCAUUUUUCAGACCGCAACCCGUUCUACUCGCAUUUGUCUGCCAGUAUCCAAGGCCUCACCACUAUCCGAGCGUACACGGCAGAAGAAAGAUUUCGGCACCAAUUUCACGUCUACCAUGAUGAUCACACAGCUUCAUGGUUUCUUUUCAUGACAGCUUCAAGGUGGCUCGGCUCCAGGCUUGAUUUCAUCUGUUCUGUCUUUGUUACUUUUGCAGCAUUCACGCCUUUGCUUAUGGCAGAAGGAGGAAUAAGUAUGUCUGUUUUAUGACGCGGACAAUUGACCCCAGUUUGCCAUCCCCCCCUGUUCAUUUUUAGAUCAGAGGUGACGUGAAUGAUUGAUGUCCCCUCUCAACUUCUUGUCGUGCGUGAUCUGGAACUACUUAAAGGAUGAGACGUAGGAUCUUUGUAUAAAUCACCAUUAAGGAACGACUGACUUGACUGCGAUUUUGAAUUUCGGGUAUUGUUAACGAUCUCGUCAUUUCCACGUUUACAAGACUACUAUUGGUCGAUACCUUGCCUUCGCCCUGGUAAAAAAAUCAGACUUUCUCAUAGCAAUAACCAUGUAGGUUGCGAGGGGAAUUUGAGUCACUGUGUUCUUAAAAACCAGUAAUUGUAAAGCUACCACUGCUGCCAAGUGCUUUGUCUUUUGCAAGAAUUAUUGAAACGUUUAAGAAAUAUUUUGAACACGGGAAGGCGUGUUAUCUAAUUUCCCAUCACCGAGACGAGGGUAAAUGGACUCAGACGUUUUGCUUCGGCCAAAAUCUUCUGUUUUAAUCGUUAAAAUAAAAAAUCUUUAGCAUCGGCUACAUCUCUUUUGCUUGCCAGUGUCUCGCAUGUUGUUUUUUCACGUAUUUUUAGUCCAGAACUACUAGGAACGAAAAUAUAACCAUCUUUUUUCCUAUUUACUAAAGGGAUGUCUGCUGGGCUUGUUGGCCUUUCCCUGACCUACGCCAAGGUAUUAACCGGAUCAUUUCAGUGGUGCAUACGACAAAGUGCAGAAGUUGAGAACCUGGUAUGUGGUAUUAAGUGUUUGUGAUAAUUUAACACAGCGAAGAUCUUAUUCAAAUCAGUUACUCGGUACUAAAAUUGUUGCUGUUUGUGUCAGUUCUGACAUGGACAUGUGAUAUAAAUAAACCCAGCACAAAUAUUCGCUCUCAUUAAGAGUCACCGCCCAAGAUAUCUACUUGUUUUGUAUCGAUUGAUAAACUUUUGUCAAGCUGAAAAUAGUAGGUGCAACAGAGUGUUGUUAGACUAUAAAACAUGGAUAGCUAAACUGUCAAGUGGCUUUUAUCUUUCCAAUAGCCUCAUUCGUUAUUUUUUCCCGAAAAAUCGGGGCUCAAAACUCAGCCUUGUGUCAUCAUAAUUAUAUUUAUUUGUUUUCUUAUCGGUUAAGUUAUAGAAAAAACAAAGCCUCUGUCUUUCUUUACUUGAAAUAUAAGUUUCUUUCAGUUUCGUCCCCAGGCCAUUGAUAGGCGGACAUCACAUUCGAAAUCGCUGAGGACGACUGGUGACGAGGCUGAGUUUAUCUAUAAUUUUUUUUGUUACUUUUGACAGUCGCCAGUGACUUAGUUAUUGUGUUUAUUUUGUAGAUGACAUCAGUAGAGCGUGUUAUGGAAUACACUAAACUGGAACAGGAAUCCCAGCGUAAAGACAAGUCUGUUGCUGUGCCAGAUAGUUGGCCCAAGUAUGGAAUAAUAACAUCAGAGGGCCUUUACUAUUCACAUCAUCACACUUUGCCUUAUGUGUUGAAGAAACUGAAUUUCUGCAUCAGGGCGGAAGAAAAGGUAAUAAGACCUAAAUGUUACCGUUCUGUAGUGGAAUGAAAUAUACUCCGUCGUAAAGCGGUGCAGUGUAAUUGGCGUAUCUCACUGGAGGAUAAGCUCCCGUAGACCCGAAGUAACUAAAAGGCACUUUCGAAAUACUUAUAAUACAGCUACCCCAAAAGCCUUUUGCACAAGUGUUAUUUUCAGUUUCUCUUGUGCGGACUGCAAUACCCAGGAGAAAAUGAAAACAAUUCGAAAUUGGCGGGGGCGGGGGGCGUUGGGGUUGGGUGUAGCAAGCAAAGUGAAUGAAUGAAGAGUCGUGGAUGAGAGGACAACAGACGUACCCUCUUACCAUACAUAUUAACAUGUGAACAGUACGUUCGGACGGCAGCAUACAAAGGCGUCAGUGGCAGCUGCCUUCAGUCCAUUUAUGAGCUUGCUGUACCCACCCAACCCAUGAUGUGAAUGAUGUGAUGUGUGAAGGCUGACCACAAACCCGUGGCCUACGUCAAGCAAAGAAACUGGUGAAUACUCUCUGGAGGGGCCCUUUUUUAGUUGUAGGUUAAAUACAGGUCCAGUGCUUUUAUGAAAAUUAAUUGCUACAGGAUGGAUCUCUGUUUUUAAUAGUUGACAUGAAUUCAAAAUUAUUCGAUAUAAUAAGCUCUCUGUUUGAGUUCAAAUAAUCAACAAUAAAACAACGAACAAGAAUUUUACAAUCGGAGUGUCGUAAGAACCCAGUAGAUAACUUAACUUGACACAAGUUUCCCACUGACUUAGUAGUUACAGUGCUUGACCCACACCUUGUUGGACAGGUUCUUCUCAAGCGCUUCCUCGCUGUUAUUUUUUUGUUUUUGCUCUUGCCUCAACUUUCGCCUCUUGCUCGUUAAGGGACUGCUUGUUAUGCAGGCUGGUGGCGAUGACUUCAACACAUUUGUUGUUUCCGCCACCCAGACAAAAAUAAUUCACGUCCUCUUUUCACUGUUAUUCCAGGUUGGUGUUGUCGGUAGAACUGGAGCUGGAAAGUCGUCACUGAUGGCCGCCUUAUUCAGACUGGCAGAACCAGAAGGCAACAUUCGAAUAGACGCUGUGCCGAUUACAGACAUUUCUCUGAGUGACUUGAGAAGUAACCUUUCCAUCAUUCCUCAGGUAUAGUGUUGGGCUUUUUGUGGGCACUACCCAUCUUUUGCCUAUGAUCGUAACCUUCAGUUUGGGCGAUGAAGACGUCAAUAAAUCAUAUUUGAAUCACGCAACAAAAAUUAGUAUUUAAGUAUCAGCUACAUUAUUUACUGUCCACUGAAGUAAAAUUCUUUCACUGAGUACUGUUAUCCUGUGAUCUAUUGUUUUGGUAAACUGUUAAAGUUUUGGGGGACUUGGUCAUAUGUUGUCUUUUUAGGGCUGCUACACACUAGGGAAUCAUAUUAGGGGACUGAGAGCGAGAAGAACAAGAACAGCAAGAACGAAUCCCCUCGCUUGACACCCUUUUUAUGACAAAAAUUUAAUUUCUUUAGAAGGGUAUCCAAUGAGGCACUUGUUAUAUUCGCGGGGGAAUAAACUGUCUGUUUCAAGAAGCUUUCACUUCCAAAUGCAAAUGACACUGAACCAAGUUGAAUUGUGAAGGGGGCUCCGUUUUAGUUUCUCUUCGAGACGUGUAGGAAAGUAUCGUCUGGCCAUAUAAUGAGACGCCUGCGCAGAAGGUUUAGCUUAUGUCUUUUUUAUCCUUUUUAGGACCCAGUUCUCUUCAGUGGAAGUGUUAGAAAAAAUUUAGAUCCUUUCAAUCAGUAUGGGGACUCGGAGUUGUGGAACGCCUUGGAAGAGGUUCGUUUAUAGGAAUAAUAACACAUUGUUGUGUAAUUUUACAAAUAAUACCCUAUGCUGUACACUUUUGUUUGAUUUUGUUAUUAAGGUUCGAAUAAAUGAGCUCUAUUCGUAGUGAGAAUAAAUAGUGCCGUUAGAAAAGAAAAUAUAUACAGAAGAAAAGUGGGAGUGGUUAUUUUGCAAGAAAGUCUGCUUUACCAUUUUAGAAACUAAUCCCUUUAUCUUUUUUUCUUGGGGUGGGAAGGGGGCGACACCUUUAAUUCAAGCUAUUGUAUUUCUCACGUUAUGUUCUAUCUUGUCUAAUCUUCAGGUACAACUCAAGGAAACUGUAUCAGAGUUGCCGGAUGGCCUGGAAACUAAACUUACUGAGGGAGGCUCAAAUUUCAGCGUGGGUCAGCGGCAACUCGUGUGCCUAGCACGCGCUAUUCUGAAACACAACAAAAUAUUAAUCAUUGACGAAGCAACGGCAAAUGUCGAUCUUAGGUAAUAAUAUAUAGCACGACUACUUGGUAAUACUCUGUUUUAACACAGAGUAAACAAUUUUUGUCGGUUGGCAGCGUAGAGAUCUGUAGAUUUGAUAACUCUGUCAUGUCAUUUCAUCUUUAUUUCAGUACGGAUGCAUUAAUUCAGGAGACAAUACGAAGCAAGUUCCAGCGUUGCACUGUCCUGACUAUUGCCCAUCGUCUGAAUACGAUCAUGGACUCAGACAGAGUAAUGGUAAAAAUUACAUCUUCGCUUUUUCAUUUAUAUACUGCGACUGUUCUUUCUUAGCCAUCCCACCUUCACUUCACUCCACCCUAGUAGUUUAUCUUUUUAGUGAACUUUACUCGAUUGUAUUCCACCCAACUUUUUCAUGUUCUAGGUUACCUGUACUUCUUCCUUCUUUCUACUCGUUGUGUCUCUACCGUCCUAUUAGACUGCCACAUCAAUCCCUACUGUACCCUACCCAACCUUAUUCUAUUCUACCCCUUUCCCCCCCCCUCCACCCCACCAUACCCUCUAACGGGUACCUCACAGUAACUCCCUACUGUGUCCAAUACACUAUAGUAUUCCUUAUCCUACUCUACCAGAGCUCCACCUGUUUCGUAUUUCACCCUACCCUGCCUUACCUUACCUCAAGUAAUAAGAUCCCACCCCCCCCCCCACACACAGACACGUACUUUACGAUCCCCUACCCUCCCCUCCCUACCCUCUUCCUACUCCACUUGACGCAAUGUUUGCGUCAUGAUUGUUACCGUUUUUAUUUAGUUAAUUGACUAUCACCUUGGAAACAUACUUUUCGUGAAAUUUACAGGUGCUGGAUGAGGGAAAGCUUGUGGAAUUUGACGAACCUUACCUCUUACUCCGAAAUGAAGAGAGCAUAUUUUCCCAAAUGGUAGAACACACCAGCAGACAACUGGCAUCAAAUCUUUACGAUGUGGCACGGGAGGCUUACUUCGCCAGACACGAAAUCACGGAUGACUCUGAGGUGGACGUGAUACCAAGAUACAUGAAUGGCGACGUAACACCCUUGAAAGAACAGAGACCGAACGACGACGACUCAGACGAUUGUCCCUCACCAAGAUUUAGGCGAAGCUCGUCCAUAGAGAAGGAAAGGUUGUUAUUUGAAUCCACCGUUUAAUCUCUCCUUGCCAGAGUAAAGUGUGGUAACGUAGUCAAACUACCUGAGCUGACGUUUGAUUUGAUCGACGAAACCUCGUCAGCAGCAGUCUUUGGGGGAAGUCUUUGUGUUUCAGUAUUUUGUAAGGUGAAAUUUAUGACUGAACUUUGUUUUUAAAGUUCUUGGGCAAGAGAAACAUCGUUGAACAUUCUAUGACAUCAUUGAAUGCUCUUUUCUUUCAUGCACGUUUUCGUAGACGUGCGUAAAUGCCGUGAUGCCCUAGCAUAUCGUGCUCUUUUUCAAAAGACAAUAGGGAGUUUACGUAACGACGAUGGCGACGGCUACGGAAACGUCACUUGAAAAGUGAAUUUGCACUGCCUCAAACAUUUUGGCGCUUAUUCCGUCUAGUUUAAUUCGUCA